GCUCCAUUAUUAUAGUAAUAUUAUUUUAUAUUUUUAUAUAUAAAAAACUUUUCCUUACCCAAUUUCUGUCUCCCCUUUCUAUCAGAAAAAACACUGAUAACCGCUAGAGGGAGCCCGCGAGUCAGUCCAAAAUGAAUGCGGUGAAUAGAGCUAGACGGCUAAAAAAAACAAAAAUUUAAAAUAGUUAAAAUCCACUUUUUCAGAAUUUUCAUUUAUUUUUCAAAAGUAGAUUAAUUUGUUGUGCUAAAAUAAAAUAAAGGUUUAAAUUUAAAAAAAGAAGCAGGAAGUAAAAAGCGCCUGGCGUCCUUCAGCAGAAGAUUCCAUUUGUUUUUAUUCGAACUCUUCGGAGCUCGUGAGUGGCAGCGGCAGCAGCAGCGGCAACUCUUCGACGGAAGGACACUCUACAACUCUUAAACACCAGUUUACUGUUUUAUAUUCACUGUUUUAAUAUCUGUAUUAUCUUUUAAUUACUGUAUAAUUGUAUUAUCUUUACUGUUUUUCACUAAUUAAUUGUAUUUUGUUUUUCAGGUUACUGUAGCCGCUGAGGGAGCUCACCCCCAUACCGAUCAGGUAUGGAUCCCCAGUGGAGGAGCAGACCUCUUCCAACAGUGGCGCAGUCAGGAGACUUUUCUUUCAGGACUCGUCCUGUGUCUCCGUGGCAGGGUGAAGAGCCAGCCGCCUGGGAGGAGCCCCCGCCGUGUCAGCCCAGGUCUCUCGAGAUGAAGCGGAGGGCCCACAUUAAGAUGUGGAUAGAAGGUCAGCUGGAGGGACUCCUGCCCACCUCCCACCCAGAGUCUGCAUUGCUUUCAACCACACCUGCAAGGUAUGGCUGCAAGACUCUGGUGGCGAUUGCGGAGGCAAAACCCUGGAACAGGCUGGACACUACUGGUACAGUUGCACAGUGUGAGGAAGCCUGGAUCCCGUCCCUCACCACCACCUACCCGCCGGAGACAUUCAGCCAGUCAGAUGGCCCGAUGCUGGUGGCAGAGGCGGAUCCCUCUUACAGGCUCGACACCACUGGACCAGUGCCUAGGAUUAUCCCAGGUCCAGCUCCACAGGCUGUGGCUGACUUGGAGGACGACAGUGGAGAGGAGGAGUUCCUGGAGCAAGCUCCUAUAACACAGUGGGAGGAAGCAGAGGUAGCGUCCCUUACCACCACCUUCCACUCUGAGACAUCCAGCCAGUCAGGUAUCGAUGUCCUGGUGCUGGAUGCAGAGGCGGAUUCCUCUCACAGGCUGGACACCAACAGCACCGAGCCUGAGUCUGAGCCAGUGCCAGUUGCACAGGCUGAGGGGGAUCUGGAGAGCAGUGUGGAGGUCAUGGUGGAGAGCAUAGAAACAGCUCCCAAAAACAAGAGAGGAUGGCUACAGCGCUGUCUGAGACUCUGGAGGAGCACAGCCUCUACCUUACUUUCCUGCUGUCCUUACAGGGUUAAUAGAUAUAACAAAAAAUGGAGAGGAUAGAUAGAUAAAAGGACAGAUUAAUAUAAAGGGGGA